AUGUUAUCCGAAGAAACUAGAGCAAUUAUCAAGGCUACCGUUCCAGUUUUGGAAACUCAAGGUACUCUUAUUACCAAGACCUUCUACAAGAACAUGUUGUCUAGCAACACUGAAUUGUUGAACAUUUUCAACAAGGUUAACCAAAAAAAGGGUGCUCAACCAACCGCUUUGGCUACUACCGUCUUGGCUGCCGCUAAACACAUUGAUGACUUGUCUCCAUUGAUCGGCCAUGUUAAGCAAAUUGGUCACAAGCACCGUGCUCUACAAAUUAUGCCAGAACACUACCCAAUUGUCGGUAAGAACUUGUUGAUUGCCAUCAAGGAAGUUUUAGGUGAUGCCGCUACUCCAGAAAUCAUCAAGGCUUGGGGUGAAGCUUAUGAAGAAAUCGCUAAUGUCUUCAUUACUGUUGAAAAGGAAAUGUACGAUGAAGCUGCUUGGCCAAGUUGGAAACCAUUUGAAGUUAUUGACCGUCAACAAGUUGCUAAAGAAAUCGUCGAAUUCACUGUUAAGCCAGUAAACGGUUCUGGUAUUGAUUUGAACGCUUUGAAGAUUACUGCUGGUCAAUAUAUCACUGUUAACACUCACCCAACCAGACACGAAAACCAAUACGAUGCUUUGCGUCAUUACUCUAUCUGUUCUUCAUCUACCGAUGGUGGUUUAAAGUUUGCUGUUAAGUUGGAAGAAACCCCAGGUAAAGAUAUCGGUUUGGUCUCUGAAUUCUUACACAAGGAUGUUAAAAUUGGUGACAACAUUUUGUUAAGUGCCCCAGCUGGUGACUUUGCCCUAGAUGAAAAAUUGAUCGAACAAAACGAAGUUCCAUUAGUCUUAUUGGGUUCCGGUGUCGGUGUCACUCCAUUGUUGAGUAUGUUGGAAACUCAAGUAAAGGCUAACCCAGCUAGACCAAUUUACUGGAUUCAAUCUUCCAAGGACGAAACUACUCAAGCUUUCAAGAAGCAUGUCGAUGCUUUGUUGUCAGAAUGUAACAACGUCGAAAAGAUCAUUGUUCACACUAACGACCAAGCUCGUAUCGAUGCUGAUUUCUUGAAGGCUAAGGUUCCAUCUGGUUCUGAUGUUUAUAUCUGUGGUUCUUUGGAUUUCAUGAAUGCUAUGAUCGACCACUUGAAUGGUUUGGAACACACUGCAGACAUGAUCCAUUACGAACCAUUCGGUCCAAAGAUGUCCACCAUUAAGGUAUGA